AUGGCUUCAAAAGAUCGUUCAUUAGCUGCUAAUUUUAAUCGAAUAGUGUUAAUACGUAAUGUAAAUUUUGGUCAUUUAGUUGCAUUAAAGUUUAAUGAUCACGAUUAUGAUGGUUAUAAAUAUGAACUAAAACAAAUAAUUACCGAUCUAUGUGAUGAUCAAAAUAUGAAACAAGAUUAUUUAAAGAAAAUUGAUUCUGUAUUAUUGUCAUCCUACAGUGAUAAAGAAAUAUCUAAAAGGUAUAAAGAAGAAAUAAUUGAUUUGAUGAUACGUCAUAGAAAGACUUCAUUCAGGAGAUAAAAAAGAUAGAAGAAUUAAAUGUUAAAAACAAAGUGAAAUUAAACAAGGCAUUCAAAAUCUUUAUGAUCUUUUACAAAAUUCAAACGACGAUGAUGAAAUUAGAAAAAACCUAAAUAAAAUAAUUGAGAAUGAAGAAGUAAUAAAAUCGAUUGCAUCAAAACUUGAUAAGAUAAAUUUAAGUAUAUGUGAACUUAAAAGCCAAAAUAAAAACUUAGAGCAGGGUCAAGAUAAGAUAAAACAUUGCCGUUACAAAUUUGAGCAAGAAUAUAGGAAACAGAGUUGAUACAUUAAAACAAGGACAAGAUGUUUAAAUUUAAACCAGCCAUAGAAUAUUGGAAAAAGAAAAUCAAUGUAUUUUUGUCCAGAAUGUUCUAACAUGUUCUUGUAUAGGUUUUCUGGAAAACUCCAGUUUUCAUCCACUCACAUUAUGGUCCCUCGA